AUGCUUCGCAAGACACGUUUCGUCUGCAUAUCCGAUACGCAUGGCUACACGCCCUCAGAGGCAGGGUUUAAGCUCCCAGCUGGAGAUGUACUGAUACAUGCGGGCGACUUGACUAACAAGGGAAGUUUGGCCGAGGUGCGCCGGACGAUGGAUUGGAUAUCUAAGGCCAACUUUGAAGUGAAGAUCAUCGUGGCUGGGAACCACGAUGUCACUCUGGAUCCCGGUUUCUAUGAGAAACAUGGACAAGAGUUUCACGGCUCGCAGCUCGAAGAUCCAAGACAAUGCCUCGAAGCGGUCACAAGUGCAGCACCUUCUGUCAUUUACCUCCAACAUCAGGCCGCUGUCAUCAAUCUGAUUCACAAAGACGGAUCAAAAACCGCAUUUAAAGUGUUCGGGUCCCCAUAUUCGCAAUUUGAAGGGAACUGGGCGUUUGGAUUUGAUAAUGGCAAGGGCGCAAAAGCACUCUGGGACCAGAUCCCCCCAGAUACCGACAUUGUCGUGACGCAUACGCCACCGAAAUCUCACUGCGACCAGAAGCCGAUGGGCAAGAAGGUCGGGUGCGAUGCGCUUCGCCAGGCACUGAGCCGCAUCAGGCCGCCGUUAGCUGUUUGCGGUCAUGUGCAUGAAGAUCGGGGCUACGAGCGUGUUCGUUGGCCGAAGCAGAUGCGACUGUCGCGCACGCUUAUCGAGUCUGACAACAGCGGCGUUACUACUCAGGGGGUCUUGCCACCACCGGGUAGCAAAAAACAGGCUCUGGUCGACCUGACAGGCAAACGGGGAGAGCGCUUGGAUAACGAUGGAUUUUCAUCCUUGAUUCCUCAUUCGCAACUGAAUCUGAGUCCUGCGACCAAGGCGUUGAAAUCAUCAUCUUCUUUCGGGUCAGCUGCCGAUGUAGCCCUGAAUUCUCGACAUAAUUCGAACAAGAAGAAGGACAAGGCUCCGCUUCUGAGCGCAGAUACCCAAGCGUACGGCGAUGGGGACUGGUGCGACGGUCAGGCAGUGCAAAUGCUGAGAAGGGAGACCUGCAUUGUCAACGCCGCCAUCUUGGCUACAAGCUGGCCGCACCGGGGAGGCAAGCAGUUCAAUCCACCGAUCGUGGUGGAUCUAGAGCUUCCAGUGCAACAGGGCGAUAGGGCGACUACGUGUUCAGGUGAUUUGGAUCUGACCUAA